AUGGCGACAACUAAAGAUGUGGAGCCAGUGUUCUACCCCGCGUUCUGCUUCCAAGCGUCCCCUACAUACUUCACCUGGGUGAAAAUGUCUGUUGCGGAUGUACACCAAUUACAAAGACCAAUCCAAUUUGAAGGCCAAAACCUAUUCUUCUUCAAAAAUCACCCAAUCCGCUAUGUCAGCGUGCUAGGCAUGAUAGUUGCCCGGUCAGAAGUCUAUCGCCGCACUAUCUUGACGAUAGAUGAUAGUACUGGCGCAACAAUCAAUGUCAUUGUCUUGCAUGCUGAGGUUAAAGAAAAAGAAAAACAAACGACAGGAUUCGUCCAGCCAGUUAUCGCUCAAGAUGAGACAAAGUUCUACACAGCUGAGCCCUCAGCGGAAGGGAUUCCUAACAAUUUACCUGGUCAAACAACACAUAUCACCACGACAGACUGCAAUAUCAUCGACAUCUCAAACCUGAUGCCUGGAAAGCUAGUGCAAGUCAAAAGUACGCUGAGCAACUUUCGGUCCACGAUGCAACUUAACCUUGAGCGCGUAUCAGAGGUGAGAGACACGAAUGCGGAACUGCAGUUUAUCGAUGCACGAUUACAGUUUUUUGUUGGGGUAUUGUCUGAGCCUUGGGUGUUGCUUGAUGAGGAUAUCAGGCAGUUGCAGAUUCAGGCGCUUGGGGAAGAUGAUAAGGCUUUGGAGCAUAGGAGGAGGGUGGAGAGUAGGGCUAAGAGGAAAGCUGAGAGGGAAGCGAAGGAUCUACGACAUAUCUUGAAACGGUACGCGAGGGAGGAGGAAAAAAGGGCUAAAGAGGCGGCGGCUUGUAGAGAGGAUGGUCUUCGACUCAUGGCUGAUAUUCAGCGGAAGAGGGGUUUGAAGAAAUGA